AUGUCGGGCGCCGGCGCGAGGGCGACCUCCUCCGCCAUCUCUUCCGCUUCCUCCUCCAAGCUUGCCCAAAUCCCAGGCUGGUCCAUCAUCGCGCGCUAUUCGCGCUCGCACCGCAAGUCCACGUUCCUCAUCGGCGUCUUCACCGGACUCGUUCUGGGUCUUGGCUCCAUCACUUCGGUCUUCUUCCUUGCCGAGCGACGCGAACGUCGACGUCGACGCCGAAAGCUGCGCUCGUACGGUCUCGACGAUGAGGACGAAGAAGAGCGACGGCGGCGGGAGCUCCGGGGGCGCGAUCCGAUCCAGAUCCGCUCUGGGCAGGUGGUGCGCGGCAUCGAGGGGUUGAUCGGCAACACGCCGCUGAUGCGGAUCAACAGUCUUUCCGAUGCGACGGGCUGCGAGAUCUUGGGCAAAGCCGAAUUCUUGAACCCGGCGGGUUCGCCCAAGGACCGAGUGGCGCUCCAGAUCUUGAAAGACGCAGAAGAGGAAGGGUUGCUGUACCCAAACACGGGCAGCUGUAUCUUCGAAGGGACGGUGGGGAGCACUGGCAUCUCGCUCGCGACGCUGGCAAGAGCAAAAGGGUAUCGCUGCUCCAUCGUCAUUCCCGACGACGUGGCGCGGGAGAAGGUGGAGCUGCUCGAAAAGCUCGGCGCAGAGAUCCAGUCCGUUCGCCCACGCGGCAUCGUCGACCCACGCCACUUCGUCAACGAAGCACGCUCGCGCGCAGAAGCAUUCGGCGACGUCGAACUUGUCGGACCACACCCUACCGAUUUCAGCACCUCAGGGUACGCAGGCUCAGACGGCGGCCAGGGCGAGGGAUACGUGCAUCGCGACGACCUCGUGGUCUCCUCCAAACGAUCGUCCUCGCGUCAAGGCGCAGACGAGGUGGUCAACGAAACCCAAGCACGCGGCUUCUUUGCAGAUCAAUUCGAGAACCCGUCCAACUUUUGGGCGCAUUACAACGGUACAGGGCCCGAGAUCUGGCGUCAGACCGGAGGGCUGAUCGAUGCAUUCGUCGCAGGUGCCGGCACAGGUGGGACGCUGUCAGGCUGCGCAGCCUACCUCAAACGUGUCUCGUGCGACCCGGACGAGUCGAAAGAGGGUGGUGGGUUCAUUCGCAGAGCAGGCUCGGCAUCCGAGGUCAAAGUCGUGCUGGCAGACCCGCAAGGCAGUGGACUGUACAACAAGGUCAAGUACGGCGUGAUGUACAGCUCGACCGAGGCCGAGGGCAAGCGAAGACGACAUCAGGUGGAUUCGGUCGUGGAAGGCAUCGGCAUCAAUCGGAUCACGAGGAACCUGCAAAUGGGACUGCAGUGCAUUGACGAUGCUGAGCAGGUCAGCGACGACGAAGCUGCGAGGAUGGGGCGGUUCUUGAUUCUCAAUGACGGUCUUUUCCUCGGCUCUUCGUCGGCAGUCAACUGCGUCGCUGCGGUCCGUACAGCGCUCAAGUUGAAGCGUCAACGUGGUAGCGAUCCGCCUCCGGUCGUCGUGACGGUGCUCUGCGAUUCUGGAUCGCGACAUCUGUCCAAGUUCCACAACAACGACGCCCUGACUCGGCUAGGUGUCUCUGACGCUGGCAGCAGCGACAUCACAGACAUCCUCGAGUCGAUCGGCUAA